CCCCGGAAGCGCCAUGGCCGCCGCCGGCCAGGAAGAAGAGUUUUCCAGACAGCCGGCGGCAGCCCUAUCUAAAUCACCGUCGCUGUCGCCACAGUCAGCAGCUGUCCACCGAGCGAAGCCCAAGAAGUGCCUGGUGUAUCCGCAUCCUCCAAAGCGCUCCGGUCUGUCUCGUUCCGUUCUUCGAUGGCUCCAAGGCCUGGAUCUCAGCUUCUCCCCAAAGAACAUCAAAAGAGAUUUUUCAAAUGGCUUCCUGAUUGCAGAAAUAUUCAGUAUGUAUUAUCCCUGGGACCUUCAAUUAUCAUCCUUUGAAAAUGGAACCUCUUUAAAAGUCAAGUUGGAUAACUGGGCACAGUUGGAGAAGUUCCUGGCAAGAAAAAAAUUUAAAUUACCUAAAGAACUAAUCCAUGGCACAAUUCAUUGUAAAGCCGGAGUACCUGAAAUUCUGAUAGAAGAGAUUUACACUUUAUUAACACACAGAGAAAUUAAAAGUAUCCAGGAUGACCGUGUGAAUUUUACCGACUACAGCUACCAGAUGCACUUACCCCUGGUUCCCAGGUCGACAGCUUCCAAGUCAAUCAAAGAUAACAUUAGGCUUUCAGAACUAAUGAGCAAUCCCAACAUGCUCAGCAAUGAACUUAAAAUAAAGUUCCUCUUCCUUUUACACAUGUUGCAAAGGACACUGAGCAGAAAAUUGAAUCCAAAAUGGUUUGACGUCAAACCAACAGUGGGAGAAGCCACUCUUGAUCGACUUCCUCGUGUCCAAGCCUCUCUACGCAGAUGCAAUUCCAAAGUAUCAAAGAAAAAAGUUGCUUCUGCUUUACCAAAUAUAGGUAAUUGUGGCAAUCUAUGUAAAGAAAUUCACGUGAAGCAAGCUGGACAAGAUUCUUGUGACUGUUACGAUUUCUAUGAGAAACAUGGAAAAGAAACUUUGAAAAACACUUGUCAAAUCACUUUGAAGAAGUGAUGUUACCAUCUCUUGCCAUACAAAAGGGAUAUUAUCACUUAAUCUUGGACAUCUUUCAAUAAUAAAGGAAGUGCUGUUGUAUUCAUAACUCUGCUAAAGAACAUUUCUUUUCUGUUCAGU